AUGACCACCAACCUGACCCAGAUGCUACCAACCAACAUGACCACCAACCUGACCCAGAUGCUACCACCCAACAUUACCACCAUCCUGACCCAGACGCAACCACCCAACAUUACCACUAACUUGACCCAGACAGACAUACCCAGCAUGACUACCAACCCAAACCAGGUUGGUCCCUUCAACAUAACAACGAACUUGACUCAAACAGGACCUACCAACAUAAGCCCAAACCUUACCCAAAUGAUUCCUCUCAACAUGACCAACACCGUUACAAACACAUACCCUCUUAAUAUAACUACAAACCCAUCCCAGAUGGGCCCUUUCAACAUGACCACAAACUCAAAUCAGAUGAGCCCUUUUAACAUGACCACAAACCCAACCCAGAUGGGCCCUUUCAAUAUGACCACAAACCAAAUGAGUCCUUUUAACAUAACCACAAACCCCACCCAGAUGGGUCCUCUCAACAUGACCACAAACUCGAACCAGAUGAGCCCUUUUAACAUGACGCCAAACCAGACGGACCCUAUCAACAUGACCACAAACCAAAUUAGUCCUUUUAACAUAACCACUAACCCAACCCAGAUGGGCCCUCUCAAUAUGACCACAAACCUGAACCAAAUGAGCUCUUUUAACAUAACCACAAACCCAACCCAGGUGGGCCCUCUCAACAUGACUACCAGCCUAACCCAGACAGGCCUUCUUAAUAUAACCACAAACCCCUCCCUGAUGGGGCCUCUCAACAUAACCACAAUCCCAAACCAGAUGAGCCCUUUUAACAUGACUACAAACCCAACCCAGGUGGGCCCUUACAACAUGACCACAACCAUAAACCAAAUGAGUCCUUUUAACAUAACCACAAACCCAAACCAAGUGGGUGUUAACAUGACUACAAACCCAACCCUGAUGGGCCCUUUCAACAUGACCACAAACACAAACCAAAUGAGUCCUUUUAACAUAACCACAAACCCAACCCAAAUGGAUCCUCUCAACAUGACCACAAACACAAACCAAAUAAGUCUUCUAAAUAUAACUACAAACCCAUCCCUGAUGGGGUCUCUCAACAUAACCACAAACCCGAACCAAACGAGCCCUUUUAACUUGACCACAAACCCAACCCAGUUGGGCCCUCUCAAUAUGACCACAAACCCGAACCAAAUGAGCCCUUUCAACAUGACCACAAACCAAAUGAGUCCUUUUAAUAUGACCACAAACCCAACCCAGAUGGGCCCUCUCAACAUGACGACAAACCAGAACGAGAUGGGCCCUCUCAACUUGACCACCAAUCUGACUCAAACGGGCCCCUUCAACACGACUUCGAGCUUGAUCCAGACAUACCCUGCCAACAUGACUGCCAACCUGACCCAGACACACCCUCCUAAUAUAACCACCAACCAGACUCAAACACUCCCUCCCAACAUAACCACCAACCUGACCGAGACACCACCUCUCAACAUAACUGCCAGUCUGACCCAGACACCCCCUCCUAACAUAGCCAUCAACCUGACUCAAACACUCCCUCCUAACAUAACCACCAGCCUGAACCAGACACCCCCUCCCAACAUAACUGCCAACCUGACCCAGACACUCCCUCCUAUCAUAACCACCAACCAGACUCAAACACUCCCUCCCAACAUAACCACCAACCUGACCGAGACACCACCUCUCAACAUAACUGCCAGUCUGACCCAGACACCCCCUCCUAACAUAGCCAUCAACCUGACUCAAACACUCCCUCCUAACAUAACCACCAGCCUGAACCAGACACCCCCUCCCAACAUAACUGCCAACCUGACCCAGACACUCCCUCCCAACAUAACCACCAACCUGACCCAAACACACCCUCCCAACAUAACUGCCAGUCUGACCCAGACACCCCCUCCAAACAUAACUGCCAACCUGACCCAGACCCUCCCUCCCAACAUAACCACCAACCUGACCCAGACACCCCCUCCCAACAUAACUGCCAACCUGACUCAGACAUACCCUCCUUACAUAACCACCAACCAGACUCAAACACUCCCUCACAACGUAACUACCAACCUGGCCCAGACACUCCCUCCCAACAUUACUGCCAACCUGACCCAGACACUCCCUCCCAAUAUAACUGCCACCCUGACCCAGACACUCCCUCUCAACAUAACCACCAACCUGGCCCAGACAAUCCCUCCCAACAUAAGUACCAACCUGACCCAGACACUGCCUCCCAAUAUUACCACAAACCCGACCCAGGCAGGCCCCCUCACUGUAACAAACAUUAUAACAACAUCAGACUCUAAUACUCAGUCACCAGACAUCACUGGCAGGGAUAACUGCAGGAGGGAUAGGGCAUGUUUUUCUGCUCCACCUUCCUGUAAUCCAGGUGUAGAAGGUUCCUGCUAUUUUCUCUCCACAAGAGGAGUGAGCGGAAAUACAGAUAAUUUUACUUUUGAGCUCAGCGGUGAGACAGAUGGUUACAUUGGAGCUGGCCUAUCUCGAGACAACAGUGGUCAGGGUGCCACAGUUUAUUCUUGCGCCAAAUUGAAUGGUGCACUGAGGUUAAUUCGUUCCACACUGACCAAUCAAAUACUGACACAGGAUAAUACAUUUAUCCCUGGAAGCUUCAAAGGCUCAGUCAUCGGUAGAAAGAUUCAAUGCAUUUUCAAUGCUGCAGGUCUUAGUAGCACCACCCGUUCUGCAACUACAGACACUUUUGUCUUCCUUGUAACAGGGAGCAUAUCAAAUGGUUCUCUGGAUUCUCCAGUCAGUAGACUGGCCACAAAUGGUUCAGUGGACUUAAGCAACCCUAACAGUACGGAUAUUUCAGUGAUAACACCCAGUACAAAUGCAACUGCAUCUAAUACCACAGCAACAUCAACCACCACUGUGGCAUCUACAAACUUGACCCAGACGGUCCCUCCAAGCAUGACCACCAACCUGAGUCCAACGGGCCCCCUCAACACGACUGUGAACUUGACCCAGACAUACCCUCCCAACACGACUGCUAACCUGACCCAGACACCCCCUCCUAACAUAACCUCUGACCAGACUCAAACACUCCCUCCCAACAUAACCACCAACCUGAACCAGACACUCCCUCCCAACAUAACUGACAACUUGAACCGAACACUCCCUCCUAACAUAACCACCAACCAAACUCAGACACCCCCUCCAAACAUAACCACCAACCUGUCCCAGACACUCACUCCCAACAUAACCACCAACCUGACCCAAACACUCCCUCCUAUCAUAACCACCAACCAGACUCAAACACUCCCUCCAAACAUAACCACCAACCAAACUCAAACACACCUUCCCAACAUAACCACCAACCUGAGCCAGACACCCCCUCUCAACAUAACCACCAACCUGACUCAAACACUCCCUCCCAACAUAACCACCAACUUGACCCAGACACCCCCUCCAAACAUAACUGCCAGUCUGACCCAGACACACCCUCCAAACAUAACUGCCAACCUGACCCAGACACUCACUCCCAACAUAACCACCAACCUGACCCAGACACAGAGUCCCAACAUAACUGCAAACCUGACCCAGACACUCCCUCCAAACAUAACCACCAACCAGACCCAAACAAGCCCUCCCAACAUAACCACCAACUUGAUCCAGACACUCCCUCCCAACAUUACUGCCAACCUAACCCAGACACUGCCUCCCAAUAUUACCACAAACCCGACCCAGACACGGCCCCUCACUGUAACAAACAUUAUAACAACAUCAGGCUCUAAUACACAGUCACCAGACAUCACUGGCAGGGAUAACUGCAGGAGGGAUAGGGCAUGUUUCUCCGCUCCACCUUCCUGUAAUCCUGGUGCAGAAGGUUCCUGCUAUUUUCUCUCCACAAGAGGAGUGAGCGGAAAUACCGAUAAUUUUACUUUUGAGCUCAGUGGCGAGACAGAUGGUUACAUUGGAGCAGGCCUCUCUCGUGACAACACUGGUCAAGGAGCCACUGUCUAUUCUUGCGCCAACAUCAAUGGUGCACUGAAGUUCUUCCGUUCCACACUGAACAAUCAAAGACUGGCUCAGGAUAACACAUUCAUCCCUGGAAGCUUCAAAGGCUCAGUCAUCGGUAGAAAGAUUCAAUGCAUUUUCAAUGCUGCAGGUCUUAGUAGCACCACCCGUUCUGCAACUACAGACACUUUUGUCUUCCUUGUAACAGGGAGCAUAUCAAAUGGUUCUCUGGAUUCUCCAGUCAGUAGACUGGCCACGAAUGGUUCAGUGGACUUAAGCAACCCUAACAGUACAGAUAUUUCCGUAAUAACACCCAGUACAAAUGCCACUGCAUCUAAUACCACAGCAACAUCAACCACCACUGUGGCAUCUAUAAACUUGACCCAGACGGUCCCUCCAAACAUUACCACCAACCUGACUCCAACGGGCCCCCUCAACACGACUGUGAACUUGACCCAGACAUACCCCCCCAACAUGACUGCUAACCUGACCCAGACACCCCCUCCUAACAUAACCACUGACCAGACUCAAACACUCCCUCCAAACAUAACCACCAACCUGAACCAGACACUCCCUCACAACAUAACUGACAACCUGAACUGGACACUCCCUCCUAACAUAACCACCAACCUGACUCAAACACUCCCUCCAAACAUAACCACCAACCUGACCCAGACACUCGCUCCCAACAUAACCACCAACCUGACCCAAACACUCCCUCCUAUCAUAACCACCAACCAGACUCAAACACUCCCUCCCAGCAUAACCACCAACCAAACUCAAACACUCCCUCCCAACAUAACCACCAACCUGACCCAAACACUCCCUCCUAUCAUAACCACCAACCAGACUCAAACACUCCCUGCUAACAUAACCACCAACCAGACUCAAACACUCCCUCCUAACAUAACCACCAACCAAACUCAAACAAACCCUCCCAACAUAACCACCAACCUAACUCAAACACUCCCUCCCAACAUAACCACCAACUUGACCCAGACACCCCCUCCAAACAUAACUGCCAGUCUGACCCAGACACAACCUCCAAACAUAACUGCCAACCUGACCCAGACACUCACUCCCAACAUAACCACCAACCUGACCCAGACACAGAGUCCCAACAUAAUUGCAAACUUGACCCAGACUCUCCCUCCAAACAUAACCACCAACCAGACCCAAACAAGCCCUCCCAACAUAACCACCAACUUGAUCCAGACACUCCCUCCCAACAUUACUGCCAACCUGACCCAGACACUGCCUCCCAAUAUUACCACAAACCCGACCCAGACACGGCCCCUCACUGUAACAAACAUUAUAACAACAUCAGGCUCUAAUACACAGUCUCCAGACAUCACUGGCAGGGAUAACUGCAGGAGGGAUAGGGCGUGUUUCUCCGCUCCACCUGCCUGUAAUCCAGGUGCAGAAGGUUCUUGCUAUUUUCUCUCCACAAGAGGAGUGAGCGGAAAUACAGAUAAUUUUACUUUUGAGCUCAGUGGCGAGACAGAUGGUUACAUUGGAGCAGGCCUCUCUCGUGACAACACUGGUCAAGGAGCCACUGUCUAUUCUUGCGCCAACAUCAAUGGUGCACUGAAGUUCUUCCGUUCCACACUGAACAAUCAAAGACUGGCUCAGGAUAACACAUUCAUCCCUGGAAGCUUCAAAGGCUCAGUCAUCGGUAGAAAGAUUCAAUGCAUUUUCAAUGCUGCAGGUCUUAGUAGCACCACCCGUUCUGCAACUACAGACACUUUUGUCUUCCUUGUAACAGGGAGCAUAUCAAAUGGUUCUCUGGAUUCUCCAGUCAGUAGACUGGCCACAAAUGGUUCAGUGGACUUAAGCAACCCUAACAGUACGGAUAUUUCCAUAAUAACACCCAGUACAAAUGCCACUGCAUCUAAUACCACAGCAACAUCAACCACCGCUGUGGCAUCUAUAAACUUGACCCAGACGGUCCCUCCAAACAUUACCACCAACCUGACUCCAACGGGCCCCCUCAACACGACUGUGAACUUGACCCAGACAUACCCUCCCAACAUGACUGCUAACCUGACCCAGACACCCCCUCCUAACAUAACCACUGACCAGACUCAAACCUUCCCUCCCAACAUAACCACCAACCUGACCCAGACACUCGCUCCCAACAUAACCACCAACCUGACCCAAACACUCCCUCCUAUCAUAACCACCAACCAGACUCAAACACUCCCUCCCAACAUAACCACCAACAUGACCCAGACACCCCCUCUCAACAUAACCACCAACCUGACUCAAACAAUACCUCCCAACAUAACCACCAACUUGACCCAGACACCCCCUCCAAACAUAACUGCCAGUCUGACCCAGACAUCCCCUCCAAACAUAACUGCCAACCUGACCCAGACACUCACUCCUAACAUAACCACCAACCAAACUCAAACUCACCCUCCUAACAUAACCACCAACCUGACCCAGACUCCCCCUCUCAACAUAACCACCAACCUGACUCAAACACUCCCUCCCAACAUAACCACCAAUUUUACCCAGACACCCCUUCCAAACAUAACUGCCAUUCUGACCCAGACACCCCCCCAAACAUAA